GAAAUAUUUUAACAUCCACUGUAACCGCCCAUUUCGCUCCACCGUCCACGAAAAACAACUUAUUCCGUUCACAAUGGCGAUCAGCCACCUCCUCGCACUUACUCUCCUCUCCUUCGCAACCUCAGCAAUCGCCACUCCAACUCCGCAAGACCCUGGUCCAGCACCCGGUUGUCUACCUCCCUACGUCGAAGGCGUCGGAAGUUGUUGCUGGCCAGGCGAUGUAGCUUUCACCAACACUACGACGGGUUGCCAGUUAUGGCAGUGCAAAGAUGCUACGAAAGGGUACACGGUGCCUUUGAGCGCUUGUUCGACAUGCUGCGAUACGUUGCCAAAUUAUACUGGGCUUGCUAAGCCGGUUAGUUUUGUUUGCUGCACGUGAGGAGGUUAGCCGGUGUGUAGGGGUGGAAAAGGGGUGUUUUGGUGGUUUGGUGUUAGAGAAUGGUUCUGUUCGUGUUCGUGUCGAUAUAGAAUGAGGUUUAGAGUGGAGUGGACAAGUGAAGUGAUGUGAAGAGCUGC